AUGGCUUUUUAUGGCCGUAAUAUACUCUUAGCUAUUGCUAGAACAAGAGGUCCUCACCUUUUUGUCCACCCUAGCUACCCUCGAUAUUCCCCAUCAGUUUCAUUUCUUCAGCUGGCAGACUCCCAUUUAAAUCAAACCUAUGUGAAGAACUAUGGAAGCAAAAAAUUCUUGUAUCCUAUUCAAUCAAGCAGCAAACUACCUUAUUUACGAACUAAGGCAAUACGAAAACUACAUACAUCUACAUGCUGGCUUCAAGAUUUCCCAGAUAAACCUAAACAAACCAUGGAAAAAUCAGUAACAGCAAGCCCCCAAACCCCAAAAGAAACAGGGAUUGAGACUGAGGAGGUUAAGCAGUCUUUGAGACAAAAAAUUGUGGAUGAACUUAAACAUUAUUACAAUGGAUUUUACUUGCUUUGGAUUGACACCAAAGUUGCUGCCAGGAUGGUAUGGAGACUAUUACAUGGACAGGUGCUGACCCGACGAGAGAGACGAAGGCUGCUGAGAACUUGUGCUGAUCUCUUCCGCCUGGUUCCAUUUAUCAUGUUCAUAAUUGUGCCCUUCAUGGAAUUCCUGUUACCAGUAUUUCUGAAACUCUUUCCAGACAUGUUGCCAUCAACUUUUGAAAGUGAAUCCAAAAAGGAAGAAAAACAGAAAAAGAAAAUGGCAGCAAAGUUGGAACUAGCAAAAUUUCUCCAAGAAACUAUUACAGAGAUGGCAAGGAGGAACCGAACCAAGCUGGGAAAAGGCUCCAAAUUAGGAGAUGCCUCUACACAGUUUUCGUCCUAUGUAAAACAGGUCCAGACAGGUCAUAUACCUAGCACAAAGGAGAUUGUUCAGUUUUCCAAACUAUUUGAGUAUGACCUAACUCUGGAACAUUUAGACCGACCUCAAUUGGUUGCCCUGUGUAAACUUCUAGAACUUCAGACCCUUGGAACCAACAACCUGCUCCGCUUUCAGCUUCUGAUGAAAUUGAAGUCUAUAAAAGCAGAUGAUGAAGUAAUUGCCAAAGAAGGAGUGAAUUCCCUGAGUGUAUCUGAACUACAAAGUGCCUGUAGGGCCCGAGGGAUGAGGUCACUGGGGCUCACUGAGAAGCAGUUGAGAGAACAGCUCACCCAGUGGCAGGACCUCCAUCUGAAAGAGAAUGUCCCUCCUUCUCUGUUGUUGUUGUCCCGUACCUUCUAUCUGGUAGAUGUGAAGCCAAAGCCUAUUGAGAUUCCUCCAAGCAUUGAGGUUCCAAAAGCAGAAGCUUCUCAAGAAAUACCACCUUCUUUACAUGAAUCUAAAGAGGUGCUAGUGGACUUUGUACCUCCACUUCAGGGAACAAAGAUUGUAGAAUUUAAAAAACCACCACCUGUUACACCACCGCCACCUGUUUCAUUACCUAAAGAAUCUCUUUCUUCUUCCAGAGUAAGCAUUUUCAUUAGAGGGAAAGGGCUUAUUUGUUUUUGUUUGUUUGUUUGUUUAUUUUCAAGGGCACUUACAGUCUAGGACUAGAACAGUUGUGAAA